CGCUGCUCAGGCUCCUUCCUUUCAGAGGAAGACAAGAGAAAAAUGUUACAAGCUUUUCCAGUGUUUGAGGACGCGGGAGGAGGCCGUGUCCACGCACCUGUAGAGUAUGCUUCUAUCAAAGAAUUUGCUGAAUCGGUUAACAAAUAUGGAGUUGAUGCUAAUUUUACAAUUAUGCAGCUUGAGAGAUUUGCCACUAUGGCAAUGACUCCGAAUGAUUGGCAGAACACAGUAAAAGCUGCUCUCCCUAAUAUGGGACAGUAUAUGGAAUGGAAGGCUUUGUGGCACGAUGCUUCUCAAGCACAGGCAAAGGCCAACGCUAAUGCGGAGGGCAACCAGAGACAGUGGACUUUCGAAUUAUUAACAGGGCAAGGACAGUAUGUUGCUGACCAGACUAACUAUGAUUGGGGAGCAUAUGGCCAGAUUUCCGCCGCCGAAAUUAAGGCAUGGAAGGCCCUCUCGAAAAGGGGCGAGGCUGGAGGAAAUUUAACAAAAAUAUUACAAGCCCCCCAGGAGUCCUUCUCAGAAUUUGUUGCUAGAAUGACAGAAGCAGCAGGCAAAAUUUUCGGAGACCCAGAGCAAGUCAAGCCAUUGAUCGAGCAAUUAGUAUAUGAAAAUGCCUCACCAGAAUGUAAGGCAGCUAUUACCCCUAGGAGAAACAAAGGGCUGACAGAUUGGAUAAAGGUCUGCCGAGGUCUUGGAGGCCCACUGACUAAUGCUGGCCUGGCAGCAGCUAUCCUGCAGGGCCAGAGCCGCUCAAGUCCUGGCGGCCGUAAAGUAUGUUAUAAUUGUGGUAAACCGGGUCAUUUGAAACGAGAAUGUCGUACUCCUAUACAAAAGAAAACCCCUGGGUUAUGUACUAAAUGCAGGAAGGGAUAUCAUUGGGCCAAUGAAUGUCGCUCGGUUAAGGACAUUCAGGGAAGGAUUAUUCAACAUGAUCCCUCCCCUAUAGGAAGAGAUGAAAAUAUUUCAAAAAACGAAUAUCCGGGCCCAAUGUCUCAGGGCCCCAAAAAA